AUGGCCGAGGAUAUUGAGGAGGGAGCCGAGGGAGCCGAGCCAGCUUCCGAAUUGGUCACGCCAGGGAAGGCCAAAUACCAGCUUCAUCCAGAACCCCCCGAGGAUGCCCCAGCGGAGUUGAGACCUGCCUCACCCAAAGGAGAUUGGGUUCAAGCCACCGGAAGCCUCCAAUCCUCUCACUUUGAUGCCACCAACCUCUGCUUGCCAAGCAAAUCAGGGACCUUUCUAAGCAUCCUCCCGGCCACGACCUUCACUUUCGCAGGGCUCUUGGCCUUUGGCCUCGCCGAGCGCGCGCUCUCCGACUCGUGGAGGCAGCUCCUGCGCCUGGUGGGUUGGGAGCUGAUGAUCUACGUGCCGGUGAUGGGUGUGGUGCAGCCCAUCCUGCGCAACUACCUCUUCUACGAUCUCCAGCCUGCUCAGAGUUUGGCCGACGCGUGGCCCCAAGAAGAGAGCGGAGGGAGCCGAAGUCAGCGGUGGAUGCGGAUCUCGGCAGUGCCCUGCUUGCAGCACCUGAUCGCCGCAGCGUGCAUGUCGUGCCUGGCCUUUCUUCAGUUCAAGGAGGAGUAUCUGGGCCUCAUUCCCUUUUGCGUGGUGGGUUUUGCCUUCAUCCUAUUGGUGGUGACCUUGCUGCUGAGAUUUCUUGGACCCCCUGUGGCCGCCGAAUCCUACGCAUUUCCAAUCUUACCUUGCGUUGGAGCCAUCCCGCUGAUGGGCGCCAUCGGGGUGAUGUGCGCCUACGUGCCGCUCAGGCAGGUUGGAGGAGCUGGGAUCGGCCUUCUGAUGCCAUUGUUCCUCAGCUGUUACGAGCAGUUUGGGAGCUGGAUGGUGACCCGGCGAUUCCUUCAGAAGUUCAUGGUCGACAAGGAGGUGCGUUCGGCUUACUCCACCAAUCAAGGCGUUGUGGUGUCUCUGGCGAUCUGCAACCUGCAUGCAAUGGCCGAAGGGGUGCGGCUCACUCUCCUUUACGCCGACAACCAAAACCACGGACCUGCGUGGGUUCCCAUCGUCAGCGGGGUGGUUUGGAAUGUCAUGUCGCGCGUUGGAUGUUUGGACUGCUUCCUGCACUACGUCUCAAGGCACUUCAUUUGCUUGGGAUGCGCCCGAGCUCAUUCAGUUGGUGCUGGUUGUCCUAGCGGAGUUGGUUGA